AUGGGUGUACCCACAACACCGGAGGGACUUCCUUUGGACGACCGCUCCAAUGCGCUCAAGAUACCCAUCAUCGCUUUGAUCAUAUUCAGCUCAAUAUUCGUUCUACUCCGCUUGGGCAUAAACUGGAGGAAUAGGAAUUACUUCCUACUAACCGAUCACCUCCUAUGGACGGGACAUGUCAUAGCUGUCGCAGGCGCAGCAUGCUGCUACAAGAUGGCUGAAGUUGGGGCCGGCAGGCAUGUCUGGGACCCUAUGUUGACACCACAAAACAUGGAAACGUACCUCUACUUCCUCUGGGUCGGCCAGCUGCUUAACCUGUACGGCAUGGCCUUGAUCAAGCUGAGUGUAUGCGCCUACAUCUUCAUGCUGGACUUCUCGCGAACCUUCCGGAUCAUCAUUUGGGCUUCCGUCGUGAUCCAUCUCGGCGUCAACUUCGUCUUUCCAACAGUCAUUCUAUUCGGCGAAUGCACUCCAUACACCAAGCAUUGGGAUGUCUCCGGAAUGAAGCCAGGCUCUUGCUGGGAUGCGAAGCCGCGUGUCAUCUCUGGAUACUCCGGCGCUGCGGUCAACAUCGCGACCGACCUACUCUACACCAUGGCGCCGCUUAUCUACAUUGCGAGGGUGCAACUUCCGAAGCGGACCAUCUGGGGCGUGCGCGCAGUGUUCCUGUGUGGUCUCAUCACCACCACCAUAUCCGCACUCAAACUCUACGAGAUGAAGUCGUUGAACGAAUCGCCAGAUCCAACCUACUCCUCCGUCAACCUCAGCAUCUUCGCCAUUGCCGAAGUCUUCGUUGGCGCCUUCACUGCCUCGCUUCCACCACUCCGCAAAACAUUCGAAAACGUCCUCCGCAAAGUGCUCCCAACCAGUCUCACAGGAGGAUCAGGCAAGGGAUCGCGACAAAGCUAUGCGCUCCAAGUAUCAGGGCCCCAGGUCAGCGGAAGGUCUUCAAAGCCAAAGCACGAGACGGAUGAUGACAGUGAGCUCGGCAUACUGCCAGAUGAGGCGAGCCAUGAGCGAAAAGGCUCCGAAGGAGCGAUCAUGAAGACUACACAUGUCAGUGUGACAGCCGACAGCAAGAGUAUAGCGUCGCGCGACCAUACUGAGUGGGUUUAA